UCCGGCCUGGGGGAAAGGGAUGAAUGUUAAAUUCAAAGAUGGCGGCGGAGGGAGGAGGGAAGGAGAUGAACGAAAUUAAAACUCAGUUCACCACUCGGGAAGGCGUCUACAAACUCCUCACUCACUCCGAAUACAGCCGUCCUAACCGGGUGCCUUUCAACUCACAAGGCUCCAACCCCGUCAAGGUCUCCUUCGUGAACGUCAACGAUCAGUCGGGCAACGGCGACAGGAUCUGUUUCAAUGUGGGCCGUGAGCUCUACUUCUACAUCUACAAAGGCGUUCGAAAGGCCGCUGACCUGAGCAAGCCUAUAGACAAGCGCAUCUACAAAGGAACACAGCCCACCUGUCAUGACUUCAACCACCUCACAGCAACGGCAGAGAGCGUGUCCCUGCUGGUGGGUUUCUCAGCGGGGCAGGUACAGCUCAUUGACCCAAUCAAGAAGGAGACGAGCAAGCUCUUCAAUGAGGAGAGACUGAUAGACAAGUCCAGGGUAACAUGCGUGAAAUGGGUGCCAGGCUCCGAGAGCCUGUUUCUGGUAUCUCAUGCCAGUGGGAAUAUGUACCUGUACAACGUGGAGCAUACCUGUGGCACCACAGCACCACACUACCAGCUGCUCAAACAGGGAGAGAACUAUUCUGUGCACACUUGUAAGAGUAAAUCCACGCGGAACCCUCUCCUCAAAUGGACAGUAGGUGAGGGUGCUCUGAACGAGUUUGCCUUCUCUCCAGAUGGGAAAUUCUUAGCCUGCGUUAGCCAAGAUGGCUUCCUACGGGUCUUCAACUUUGAUGCUGUUGAGCUUCAUGGCACCAUGAAGAGCUACUUUGGUGGCUUGUUGUGUGUUUGCUGGAGCCCUGAUGGGAAGUACAUAGUUGCUGGUGGAGAGGACGAUCUUGUGACUGUUUGGUCAUUCUUGGACUGUAGAGUCAUUGCCCGAGGUCAUGGGCACAAGUCUUGGGUGAGUGUAGUGGCAUUUGAUCAUUACACCACCAGCAUGGAAGAGAGUGACCCAAUGGAGUUCAGUGGCAGCGAUGAGGACUUCCAGGAUCAGAUGCUCCAUUUUGGAAGAGACCGGGCCAACAGUACUCAAUCGCGACUUUCCAAGCGCAACUCCACGGACAGCCGGCCUGUUAGUGUGACUUACCGGUUUGGCUCAGUGGGUCAGGACACUCAGCUGUGCUUAUGGGACCUCACUGAGGAUAUCCUUUUCCCUCAUCUUCCACUCUCACGGACACGGACACAUACGAACGUGAUGAACGCUACCAGCCCCCCUGCGGGUGCUACAAUAAUCACUAACACCUCUAGUAAUGCUACUAACGGAAAUAACAGUGGUGCCAAUACUCCUGGCAUUAACUCUCUCUCCACUUCAUUACCACGCUCCAACAGCCUACCCCAUUCUGCUGCCACCACAGCGACGGCAAACAAUACCAACAAGGCCAGCAGCGGUGGAGGAAUCGGCAGUGGAAUUAUGGACAGUGCCAUCGCCACAGGUGUGAGUAAGUUUGCCACACUGUCACUCCACGACAGAAAAGAGCGCCACCACGAGAAGGACCACAAACGGAACCACAGCAUGGGCCACAUCAGCAGUAAGAGCAGCGACAAGCUCAACCUGCUGACAAAAACCAAAACAGACCCUGCAAAGACUCUGGGUACUCUGCUGUGCCCGCGCAUGGAGGACGUGCCCCUACUCGAGCCCCUCAUCUGUAAAAAGAUAGCACACGAGAGACUGACUGUACUCAUAUUUUUAGAGGACUGUUUAGUGACUGCUUGUCAGGAGGGAUUUAUUUGCACAUGGGCAAGGCCAGGCAAAGUGGGUUUAUUGUCAUCCCAAAACCAAGCCAGCUCUCCCAGUGGAACAGUAGUAUAGCCUCAAUAUUUCUGCUGCUAAAGAACCCUGCAACCCAGAGUCUGAUGCUGCUCUUCACCCUGCAAGCAUUGCAAGUUUUUCCCUUUUUUUCUUUCACACCCUUCCCUUCCUCCUUUCCUUUCCCCCCUUUUUCGGUUGUCUUUCGUUACUCGCUCACUUGACUCAGAAGAAUGAAGUAAGGAAAAAAAGUGGUGCGUUUGUGGACUGUUGGUGCGCUCUGUACUGUUGUUCUAUGGAGUUUUAACACAUUUUAGAUUUUUUUUUUUUUUAACAAUUCUGUCAUGUCAGAUCUCAUCAGACUGUUUUCCCAUUUGGAAUUAGGGCUUGGCUUUGUUAGAUGCAAACCAGACAAUUGUGGCUUGAAAUAAAAGGGAUAGUUCAUUUAAUAUUCAUUAUCUCUUUCUCUCCCAUGUUAGGCUUGUGAUGUGGACCAUUUGUGGCUCAGAGUUAUGGUGUGUUUCAACCAGCUCGGCUCGACUCGGCGCGGUUAAGUUGUGUUUCCACUGGCAUAGUACCUGGUACAGGUACUUUUUUGCCUGUGACGUCGCCAGACUGCCGGCCACUGAUUGGUCAGAGUGCCGUCACAGGAAGAGACAUCCGACACAAGAAUCGUGCCGAACUUUAGGUCAGUUAAAAAGACUUAACAAUCCUAAAAAUGUGGCUUAAUCUCACAACAAUUACCAGGGAAAUGUUUUAAAAUCUCAAUAUUUAACAUAGGAGUGUGGUGUAUUUAGCGACCACACUGCUGAUCACAACCGGCGAGCUGUCACUGCCGCAGCAUUUCAGUCCAGUGAAUGUUUGGAUGGAGUCUGUGCUCCGCUCGUGGAGGAAAUACUGAACAAAUAGUUUUAAUUAACUGAUUCUAAUGAUUGAGUUACACUGAAAACAACUGCUUUACAAGUCACUUUGUGUGUCGCGUUUGAAACAAAGUCACGGCAGUUUCAUGCAGUGAUGACUCCGCCCACGAUGAGUAGGUAUUAUUUUGUAGUGGAAAACCAACCUAGACCGUGCUGUGCCGAUGCGAGCUGGGACCAUAGGUGGAAAAGGGGCUUAACUGACUAAAAUGUGGAUUUUGAGUGAACUAUCUUUUUUGCGACCAAGCGCAUGAGCAUCUGAGAAUGUUUGCAUCCAUCCACUUUCACCCUCCGAUCUGUCGUCUCUUGAGUAGAAUCUCCCCGUCGAUGACUUUGCACUGAUUUAGUUAUUAGUUAUGUUGUUGUUUGUUUUUGUUUUUUUUUAUAACUAAUGGAACAAAACAUAGGAUUGAGGACUGCCUUGUUGCACUGGGCUUUAACAUCCUCAGUUUUGAAAUCUCAAUCUAUUAAGCUUGAUGCUGCAAUCAUAGUCUUUUUAAGGAGGAAAAAAAAAUCGUUUGCACUUAAAUUAGUUUAUUAGAAGAAAAUGGCUUUACAUUUUUGGGUGUGCUCAGAACUCACAGAUGGCUAAUACAGUAGGUGAAGAAAGUGAUUUAAAAAAAAAAUUAAAACCUUUAUCUAUUGAGCAUUUAUUUUAAUAUUUCAGAUUCAAAUCUGCUCUGUAUCAUAUUGUGUAUAUUGUAAUUAAUUGAUCUGAUGGGGGCCUACGCAAACUACCAUUAUUCCAGUGGAAGUUUUGUCACUGGUAGUUAUAUUUCUAAAGCCUAAAAUAUACAUAUAAAUAAUAUUAAAAUAAUCUUGAAUA